UAAGUAUUAACCAUUAUUGUUCCUUUUUAAGAUGGCAUUGGUGCUAAAGAAAUUAUAUAAAGGAUAUUUUUUCCUGUUUGAUGAAUUAUCAGAUCCAAGAGCAAGGGAAUAUGUCUUAGGGUCAUCCCCAAUUGUGCCAAUAAUUUUUAUAGCAAGUUAUUUAUACUUUAUAUAUGUGGCGGGUCCUAAAUUCAUGGCGAACAGAAAACCAUUUCGACUGAAAUCCGUUCUUAUAAUUUAUAAUUUAUCUCAAGUCAUUGCAAAUUUAAUCUUACUAUAUGUGGCUAUGCAAGAUGUGUUCCGAAUGAACUUACGAUGUAAUCUCGUAGACUAUUCCCAGUCACCCGAAGCGAAACGAGUUUUGGGGUUGGCCCAUAACUUUCAUCUUCUAAAAAUAUUCGACUUAACAGAUACGGUUUUCAUGGUCCUCAAGAAAAAUACAAGACAGAUUACUUUCCUUCACGUUUACCAUCACUGUGGUAUGAUAUUAGCUACUUUUAUAACAUUGAAAUUCUUCCCAGGAGGUGAAAUAGUGUGGACAGGUGUUUUUAAUGUUAUUGUUCACUCGAUCAUGUACCUUUACUAUCUACUAGCAUCCAUAGACAGUCAAUGGAAGAAAAACUUGUUAUUCAAGAAGUUUCUUACGCAGAUACAGCUGAUACAAUUCGUAGCAAACAUAGUAAUGUACGGAAGACUGUUUUUUAUAAGUUGUCCUUUCCCAAGUAUAGCAUCAUACUUGUACGUUCCUCAAAAUAUUUUUAUGUUGGCUCUAUUUGGGGAUUUCUACAUAAAAACUUACAUACUCAGCAACUCUGGAAGAAAAGAAGUAACAGUUAACUAAAGAAGUACUUUAAAUCUAUAUAACCUAAUUGUAUACAAUUUAGUAACUGCUUAUUUUAAUGCAUGUGUGUAUGUGUACUAAUUUGAAGAAUGUAAUGAAAUUUAUGUUCUUGUUUAUCCCACAAAAAGUUUUUUUUAAAUAAAUAUUUUGACUUUC